AAACGCAUGAUCAGCGGAUUCGUCGUCUAUCCUUUGAAACUAUAAACUCAGCUUGCAGUUUAAGUAUUUUUUUAAAUUAAAUACAAACACACACACACAGAGACAACAUGAAGAGCUUUCUCAUUUUAUGCUUUGUAACGCUGGCGCUGGCCGAUGUUAAGCAUCUGACAGAUCGUAACUUGGAUUUGUUUAAAUACAAUCCCAGCGAUGUUUACACCCUGCCCGAGGACAUUGACGAUGAUAAGCCUGCGGUGCAUUUCAGCGGCGAUGUCAUGAAGGCCAAGACCGAGAAGCUGCAAAAUUAUAAUUCGGGCAAAAAAUUCAAGUUGGAAUUGAAAACCCAAAACGGCAUUGAGGUCAGCAGCGUGGGCAAGCUUAAGGACGACAAGACGUUUGUGGUAAGCGGCUCCUAUUCCUUCACUGGUGCCGAUGGCAAACGCUACAAGACCCGCUACACCGCCGAUGAGCUUGGCUAUCAUCCCAUUACCGAGCUGGAUCUUGAUAUUCCUGAACCACAACCCUUGGCCAGCAGCGCUCAGCGUCAGGCCGUCGAUCCCAGCAGUCUGUUGGGCAACAAGAAUCGCUUCCAGUUCUUGCAGCAGCAUUUGAAUGACGACAACGGCCCACUGCGCGGCAGCGGUCAAAGCGGUGAUGAUUACAGCUACAGGCCUCCAGUUGAGUACAACAGCAAUCUGUACGGCAUUGCGGGCAGUCCCUAUGGCAACGCUUAUGGACCAGGCAACGGCAACGGCAACGGCAAUGGCUAUAACUAUCAAGCCCCCACUCUGCAGCUGGAUACGCCCACACGCUUGUAUCUGCCAGUGGCUUAAGCUCAGCCGAGCAACUACCCAUCCCAAGCAUCUAUUUCCCCUAAUCCCCCCGUUCCCUUUACCAUUGUAAGCUGCAAGUAUUUAGUUAUUAAGUGUGCAACAAAUA